AUGAAGCCCGAAUACGUGCGACUAACCCAAAUGGCUAUAUUAGAAGUUGAUAAGAAAUUUCUUGGUCAAUUUGCCUGUUGCGUUCAAAAUAAGCAUCCGCUGCUCGCGCAAAAACUUUACCAGGUAUUUGGCAUUCUCACAAUCAUGUCCACUCAGAUGAAUGAAGCCUACAAUUUACGAGUCGAAAGUAGAGUUCAAGAAACUCAAAUUGUUGAUCUGAUUGACCGGGUCGUUUGGUAUGCGCGGGAAGGUCUUCAAAUUCUGGAAGAAUACGUGCUUCCCAUGGUCGCUAAUUAUCGAGACCUAAAGGUGCUAAGCUUCAAACUGAGGGCAAGUUUUUACUAUCUAUAUACACUCUUCCACAAUCAACCCCCUCUUAACUUCGAGUCAAAACAAUCAACCAGAGCUUGGGGACGACCACCUACGUAUCGAAAAAUUGACAAGGGUAGAGUUGUAGAUCUUAGCUACAGCCAUCCAUCUUAUUUUCGUGGGACCUUCUCCCGCCAAAACAGCCCGAAUUCUUCUUUUUCAGGAGGAUCGCAACCUUACUCGGAAUUUUCUCGGAACUUUAUCGUUGAUUACCAUGACUACCGCCCAAUCACGCUUCAAUACUUCCAAGAGGCUGCAAGCCUAGCUGAUAGCACACUUAGGGCAAAUCACCCGCUUCGUAUAUCCAUCAAAGUCGGAUAUGCGACCUACGUAAGCGAAUGUCUACAUGAUAAGGAAGGUUCUCAUCAAAUAGCAUCAGCAACAGUUGCAGAGACUCACAACAAACAAGGCCCCCAAAAUGACGAAAUUUCAAGUGAUGCUGCAAUGCUAGUAGAAGUUUUAACAAAUAUGAUGAGACAUGAUAAACAUCUAAACGAUGGCGCCAAAAAUUGCAAUUAUUAA